AUGUCGCUGGUGAGCUGCCCGGUGUGGAGGCUGCUGGUUGCUAUAUUGGGGGUCAGAGAAAAGUUGCUGCAGUGCGACGAGCUGGCAGCUCUGUUGAUGGUGCUGCAAGAAGAGCAUUCGCAUCUGCGGGAGUCGGAGGUGGACGUGCCCAGAGGUGCGCUAUGUCUGUCAAGCCACCGGGUGCAUGAUUGCCUCAUGACGACAUGUAACAAGACAUUCAUGUUGUACUCUCAAGCCCUGCUGCAUGGGGAGACAGCUCGAACGGGCCUGCUUAAUGAUUACAAUCGCGUACCUGAACAACAGCCCGACGCCGCAUCCUCGGCACCCUCGCCACUGCAGAAACUGGCGAAGCAGGGCUUCAUAAACCCCAUGAAACCGCUACGCGCUUGUGUGUAUCCGCUUUGGGAGGUGAUGUCUCUGUCAGUGAGUACCGUGCUGUACAACUCGUAUCUGGCCUUCUAG